AUGAAUACUUCGGGCAAUGAAGAUGGACCCGACCUCAGCAGACUGAUGAACAAGGCCGGCCUGGGCAACAGCUUCCAGGCAAUGACAGUAUCUGCUCUGGACCAAGCUAUUGCUAAAGCUCGCUUAAACGGCUGUGCCUCGAUCAAGCGUGGAGGAAGCGUCGCAAGUCUUGCACUGCUCGUGGAGAUCCGAGCCCAGGCUGACGUCAAGCCUCAGCACGAUAUGCCCUUGGCGAGCACAGCUCAGAAUUCAAGUGGUCCUGAAUCCUCCAGCAGUGUUUCUACGCUUCCCUCUGCUUCAGCACCAGUCGACGCUGGCCCCGGAGCUAUUUCGGUCGGUGCCGACAAUGCAAACGCGAAUAGCCGUGUACCUGUGGUGUCUGAUCAGAGCGCCGAGAGAGAUCCGAUGACAGCUCAGUCGCCUCGCACCCCUCUCUUCCAGAACAUGUCAACACUCGACCAGGCGCUGAACCCACUCCGGUCGCCUGCUUCAAGGGUUGGCGGACUGCAGACUAUAUUGCCUGCUAAAAUUCAAGACUUGUUCGAACUUGCGAUCCAGAUGGAAAAUAGACUCAGCCAGGAGCCGGACGAUGAGGAUGACAUUAGCCAGGCGAAGCAAGUGGAGAGCGAGGUUGACGCGAACAGCGACAAUUCGGGCGUCAGGACGCAGACUCACAAGAGAAAGCGGCUCGAGAAAAGACUCGAGCAGGAGGAGAAGACGGCCGCUAAGAGAGUCAAGGCCCGAUCUACGGCUCGUGCUCGGCGUUUGCAAGAAGAGCUAGCAGAUCGCAAGGCGAAGUUACAGAGGAAGCCACGCGAUGUGGUCGGCCAGGCGUCGCGAAAGAACUUUGGAAAUACAGAUUAUGUUCAGAGAUCAGACAAGCUCUCAAAGGUCAAGUCGAACGCAGCGCAGCUUCAGGAAGUCGAGAUCUCCAAGACGAAAGGCCCAAACUACUUUGGGCGGACAGCAUCAUUAGCCCCCGGCCUGAACUUUGACAUGCUCAAGCAAGCGUCCAAUGGUUUCACCUCGCAGCAGAGCAUGGUUCCCGCCGCAACGAUCGAAUCAGGACAGGGUCUUCACGAUUCCAUCGGCGACUACACCCAGGGGGGCCUGAUCUACAUGCUUGGUCAUCACCUGAUGUGGUAUGACCAGCCGUCCGACGAGUUUCUAUCCUGGAGUAUCGAUCCUCUGUUCUUAGUCGUGCAUGCUUUGGACAGGAACCACGAGAACCAGUCAGGCACAACUAUUCAGUUCAACGACCGACGCCGGGCAAAGAACGAGAAGGACCAGCCCACAGAUUUCUAUCCAGCCCUUGAUCUCGAUGAUACCUUCCAAGUACCAGCUGCGGAACUCUGGAAAGGCAGACAACCUACGAGAUUGCAUGCUCGGAAGUUCACCCAGGAGUUCCUGACUCAUCACAUCGUCAGGUGCGAAGACGACCAAAUCAAGCCAGUGCACACUGAGAAGCUGAUGGCGGAUGGCUUGUACGAAAUCUUCCCGUCCUUCCGUGUUCCGCCGGACCAUCAGAGAGCUGGCUUGUAUGGCGGGCAGAUGUACUUCCGCACCGUCGGCUACCUUCCAGACCUGCGGCAUUUCGCGGAUGAGCACCCGAAGCCAAUCUACUCAUACGAGCACUGCGCGGUGAUCGUACCGUUCACAAUCGCGCUGCUGACAAGGGUGCAGUCCCUGACGCGCAACUUCAUGUCCAUCGCCGACGAUCAGGAUCCAGCAGAGAUUGAGCCCCAUCUGCAUAUCUUCAUCUCCUUCCUGACCUUUGAAAAGCGGCCCCGGAACGACGAAGUGUAUACAGCCUGGAUUAAGGCUCACUACACGGCCGCAGAUGUCCUCGACCUCUAUGGUGACGGUACUGGUGGCGUUUAG